AUUCGAUUAUCAGAUUGGCCAAAGCAUAUUCCGUGUUGUCUAUUGGGUGAAUCGCCAGAAUGCUUCCUGAAUGCACAUUCCAUUUCGUCGCCUGAGGCAUAUUUCCAGUUAGUUGAUCACUACUUCUCAUCACAGCUCAUUAUGAAUUUGGUUUCGGCAAUGAAGACAUUUCAAAAUAUUGUUCAUGACUAUCGUGCCAUAGUUAGUUACUGCAGCAUCUUCAUUCAAAAUGCGUAUAUCUACAGUUACGAGGUUUUGAAUCGAACAGCCCAGAUGUACUUGGACGAUGACGCCGAUCGUAUGACAUUGAUCAGCAACAAUAACAAUAUAUCGUAUCAAUCAACAGCCUUACCGCUACUUGCAUUGAACACGACGUUAUCGUAUCAGCAGAACGAUGUGGAUGGUUUGAAUGAUAUACUCAAUGCGGCAUUAGGACCAAUCCAAAGUCAUCUUGCAUUAUCGCUUGCAAUCGCGUGGAUUUUGGUGUUCUUUGGAGUGUUUAAAGGGAUUGGUUCGAUUGGAUGGGCUGUUACUAUCACUGCUACAUUGCCAUACCUUUUGUUGGGUAUGCUUCUCUUGCGGGGAGUAUCAUUGCCUGGCGCCCAGCAAGGUUUAGCGUUUCUCUUCAAACCCAAGGUUGAAAAACUUUGGUCAAUACCGAUGUGGAAAUCAGCCGCAGAGCAAGUAUUUUAUUCGUUGGGGAUUGACGCAGGUCCGCUCAUUUCAAUGGCUAGUUUUAGUAGAUAUCGCAAUAAUAUUUAUCGUGAUGCUGUUGCGGUCGUUAUUAUGUAA